UCCAGACCCUACAACCGGGAGAAGAGAGAAGAUUAAUGGUUGAAGCUAGGGCCCGUAAUCUUGAGGCUGCAAGAGAAGCAACAGCCGCUUGGGCGGUAGCAAUGAGUAAUGCUACUUCCGCAGCAACUGCUGCGAACUCAACUGGUCAAGGGCUAUGCAUGCCUACCAGUUCACAGUCAAUCUCCAGUACGUCAGGGGUUGGCACUAGUCAAAUGGCGGGCUCGCAAUUCAAUUCGCCGCCUCCACGCACUCGGGAGCAGAUGGAUCUCCAGCAAAUAGAGAGGAUCCGCUUAAGGUUAGAGGAGGAACUUAGGCAGGCUACUAAAAGAGAAAAAGAGAUCAAAGAUAGAAGUGCUAGACUACAGGGCAGGGAGGCAGACCAGGCUGCGUUAGAAGGAUUAGAUGACUCGGCCCUCAGCAACAAUGAAAAGAUUCUGAAGGCGAGCAUCCUGUCCAUGCAUGCAUACAUGGACAGUAAACUGGAUGCAAUCCAGGACACCUUGGACCAGAUCCUGAAUGCUAUGCACAAGCCAGGGAUCCGGCCAGCACCAUCGCUGCCACUCUCAGCGAUGACAGGCCUCUAUGCCGCUCAGUCUACACCACCACCAAGUGUAUCAUCAACAGGACAGCAAUAUCCUUGGUACCCCAAGACCCCACUGAACCCACCUGCAACCUACUCAAGAGAUAAGAAGGAUGAGGCUCUCGACACAUGGUUCAGAACGGUGCCAGUGUGGGUAAGGGCAAAGAGGACAUUGGUAGAAGAGGAGGUGAUUACUGCUGCAUCCUACUUAGAGGGUUCAGCAACCCAUUGGCUAAAUAGAUUAGUGCCUUCAAAGGGCUUCGGCAGGAACAUGCAUGAUUGGGCGCAGACCCACACACUAGAAAGCUUUAUGGACUUAGUGGAGGCUCGUUGGCACAACCCACAGCAUUCACAGAUUGCCACUGAUGGGCUUUUAAAGCUUGAUACUAGAAAGUACAAGUCUGUGCGAGAACUUACCACAGUCGUAGAGCGCCUGAUCGUCGUCCCGGGAGUGGAGUACAAUCCACAGGUCUUGCUGACCAUGUUCCUAAGAUGUCUUCCCACAGACAUUAGGAAUUUAUUAGCCAGCGAGGCUCGAAGCGAGUAUCACACAUUUGAGUCAUUCAGCAAGAAGGCCCUAGACUUAGAGGCUACACUGGGUGAAGCUCAAACCCCUUCUACGGAUGGGAGAAAGAAGAAGACUCCACAAGAGUGGAAGAAGAAGGGUGGUCGAUUGAUGAUGGUUGAUUCCGAUGGGAAUCAAACCGAGAUCGAUGAUGUUUCCGAUCUUGUGGAGGGUUCAGAGUUUGACGGCGAGGAGAGUGCCGAGGGUAGCAACCUCGCCGCCGUAGUCAAGACUAAGGCAGCUGGCCGCGGCAAGGGCGGUCAACAAAGGACUUUCAAGCGUUUGAAGCAUGCUCUCACGCAUCAUGAGGUUCUCAUGGUACCCGACCUGCAAAGGCCAUUCGUUGUAACCACUGACGCAAGUCAAUAUGGGAUUGGCGAAGUGUUGGCUCAGCAGGAAGGGAAGAAGUUGAGACCGAUCGAGUACAUGAGCAAAAAGAUGCCUUCAAAGAAGUUGGCAAAGUCCACCUACGAGAGGGAACUCUACGCUCUUUACAAGGCACUUGUCCACUGGAGGCACUACCUGUUAGGAUGGUUCUUUUACUUGAGAACUGACCAUCAGACACUCAAGUGGAUUAAGACUCAACCAGUUCUCUCAUAUGCGCUCAAACGCUGGAUUGAAGUCAUAGAUCAAUAUGAUUUCAAGCUAGACUAUUUGAAGGGAGAGUACAACAAGGUUGCAGAUGCGUUGUCUAGGAGGGCAGACUACCUAGGUGUGCUGAUUUCUGAGUUUGGUUUGUCUGAGAACGUGACUCGAUCGUUGGAUGAAGCCUACAAGGAAGAUCCCAUCACGAUGGACAUCAUCAACAAACUACAGGCUAAAGACAAGGCCACCACUGGUGAGUUUGUGAUGGUGGAUGGGUUGCUCUUUCUUGAGAAGGCAGGGUUCAAGAGUGCUAACUUAAUACAGCGAUUUUGGUGGCCUAACAUGCUUGACGAUGUGAAGAAGUAUGUGGAGACCUGUCAGGUCUGUCAGCGGGACAAGCCGCGGACUCAAGCUCCACUUGGGUUACUCAAGCCUUUACCCAUUCCUGCUGGCCCAGGGCAGAGUAUCUCCAUGGAUUUCAUGGAUACUCUGGUGACCAGCAAGAAUGGCAAGAGGCACAUCUUCGUCAUAAUGGAUAGUUUCACUAAGUAUGCUAGACUAAUCGCCAUGCCAGAGACUGCCAGGACUGAGCACGUCAUCAAGUUGUUCAUGGAUAAAUGGGUGCGUGAUUUUGGAUUGCCUAAGACUAUCGUUAGUGAUAGAGAUGUCCAUUUCACUAGCGAGAUGUGGAAACAGACCGCUGAACAGAUGGGCAGCCAGCUUCAGAUGACUUCUGGGAAUCAUCCUGAAGCAAAUGGGCAGCCUGAACAGAUGAACCGAGUGGUGCAGCAUCUGCUGAGGCAUUACAUCAAGCCCAGCCAGGAUGACUGGGAUGAGAAGUUGCCUCUCAUCGCCAGUCUAUACAACAAUGCUGUACACAGCACCAUCGGAGUCAGUCCUAAUCAGCUACAUCUCGGAUGGAAGCCUAGAUCCGCUCUAGACUUCCUCCUGCCUGAAAACCGAACUGCUGCAACUCCUGGAACCAUUGAAUUUGGUGUCCAGUAUGAGAAACUGUUGCAGCGGACUGUCGAACAUAUUAAGAAAUCUCAGGAGGUCAUGAUUGCUUCUGAGAACAAGCGUCGUCGACAGUCCACAUUUCAGGUAGGGGAACGUGUUUGGGUCAAGGCUAGUGAACUGGGACAAGAGUUUGGCAUCUCUAGGAAACUAAUGCCUCAGUAUUUCGGUCCUUAGGAAGUCCUGGAUAUCGUGGGGAAUGAUUUGGAUGGUGCCUCAUACGUUA